CGACGAACAUGAUUGACGCAUGCAAUCCAACAUGCAAACUUUAUGACGAUGGCGGCGACGAUGACUGACUUAUAACAUGUUGAAAGUCUCGAUGAACAAACCUGAAUAUAAAGACGGGAACCGGAGAGGGGAGGGCUCAGAGUGAGGGAACCUACUCAUUCCCUACAGAACACUUGACAGAAGUUCGCAAACUUGGAUCUUCCAUUUUUAGUCUUGCCAGGCGAACAGUCUGGUUCGCAUUGUAAAUUGUUCCUUCGGAAACUCGUGGAUUUCCUAGGCAAUGUUCUUCGUGCUUGACCUGAUUCUCACAAAUUGUAAUUCCAUCGUUCGCACAACCUAUGGACGUACCAACACAAAUACCAUUAUUGUUUUCUCUUUCAAAAUGAGCCCUACCAACAGCAGCACCGGAAAUAUUAACAACAACGAUAGCACUUCCCUCGGUCGUCCCAAGUACUGCAGUGUUACCUUUGUGAAGAGCGAAUUCGACCACGUGGGCAUUCGCCUGCGCCGGUCUGCACAAGGCCAUAUGCGCAUCGUGAGCCUCUCCGGCGUGCUCCUGCAUUCACCCAUCUCCAUUGGCGACCAAGUGGUAGCAAUUCGCAGCCAAAAACUGGGGUACAUCGAACCCGUACAAGUCGCGCGACUCCGGCGUUUGGCGGGGCGCGUCACCAUCGUAACAGUUUGUCCGAAUGGCGAUCCCCGAUUGGCCGAAGCCAUGGUGGAACACCCCACCGCAGCAGGGGCAACAUGGUCGGGCCCACUUGGUGGCCUCGAAAUCCAGCCCAACGCCCUGGGUCGUUCAGGAAUAUCGUUCUUACCAUACGACAGUAUCUGGCAAAAUUCUGUUUUGCAGAAAGACGAUAUCGUUCUCGAAGUCAACGGCAUGCCCUGCCGGGACGGUACAACGCAAUUGGACGGGUAUAUCGACGACGUCGCCCCUCGAUACGUGACUGUUUUGGUAGCCCGGCACAAUAGUCGAGCCGGCCAGGACGAGUUCGAAGACUUUGCGAAAGCUGAAACAACAGUGAUUUGUCGGCAACUGGAACCCGCCGAGCGAUACCGUCCUGGAUUGAGCGGUCGUUCCAAAUAUUCUGACUUUCGUGCAGUCAAGCCACGGGGAUACAUGGUGUAACUGUAGCAGUAUAAUCGAGGAUUUGUAGGUACCAUACAUUUUGGAUUAGAUACAGAUCGGCACUUCCUCGCUUCAUUUAAGAGCAACAUUUACUACU